AAGAGACAGAAUCAACAUCAACUACAGAUGGAGAGACAGACCAGAACAGAGAUCAGAGGAAGAGAAGAGACAAAAGACAUGUCCAAAGUGUGGACAGCUCUUACAUGUCAGAAAGUCAGUGUGACUCUGAUGUUAGAAAAAAUCUUAAAAAGACUAAUCUUGGUAAGAAAUACAAACAAUCUCCAAUCAAGUCUGGUAAAAACUCAAGAAUAAUUACUAACCCGUCUGAAUACAUGGAAACUGGGUCUGAUGAAAGAUGUUAUAUCUGUAAAGAAUGUGGUAAAAGCUUUUGUAACAUAUCUCUGUUCAGAAUUCACACAAGAAUCCAUGCAGAACAUAAGAGAUUUUCUUGUGAGGAAUGUAAUAAAAGCUUUAGACGCAGAUCUAGUCUCAAAACACACAUGAGAACUCAUACAGGAGAAAAGCCUUUUUCGUGUAAAGAAUGUAAAAAAAGUUUUAGUUGUUCAUCUGCUCUAAAAAAACACAUGAGAACUCACACAGGAGAAAAACCUUUUUCUUGUAAAGAAUGUAAAAAAUGUUUUAGUCAAAUAUUUCAUCUCAAAACACACAUGAGAACUCACACAGGAGAAAAACCUUUUUCUUGUAAAGAAUGUAAAAAAUGUUUUAGUCAAAUAUCUCAUCUCAAAUCACACAUGAGAACUCACACAGGAGAAAAGCCUUUUUCUUGUAUAGAAUGUAAUAAAAGCUUUAGUCGCAGUUCUAGUCUCAAAACACACAUGAGAAUUCAUACAGGAGAAAAACCUUUUUCUUGUAAAGAAUGUAAGAAAAGUUUUAGUGAUGUAUCUGCUCUAAAAAAACACAUGAGAACUCACACAGGAGAAAAACCUUUUUCUUGUAAAGAAUGUAAAAAAUGUUUUAGUCAAAUAUCUAAUCUCAAAACACACAUGAGAACUCACAGGAGAAAAGCUUUUUUCUUGUAAAGAAUGUGAUAAAAGUUUUAGUCGUGUAUGUCAUCUCAACAAACACAUGAGAACUUGUAAGACCUUUUCUUGACAAUGUAAGGAUUCAGUGUAAACUCUAAAUUCUAAACUUUUCUAAUAAGAGGUCGACCUCUCAACCUCUGUAUCAGAAUCAGCAGAAGACUUUAUUUUACAGGAGGGGAAAGUUCUGUAUCUCAAAAAAAAUUAAAUAUUUUAAAAUAAGUUUUUAAUGCUUAAACUUCUGGGGUGAAACCUCAAUGUUCUAAUGAACUCCAUAGCAACCUGAGCUUUCAUUUCAUGUACACAGAGCCACAGGCUGAUGGCCUCCACACCAUAUUGAUGCAGUAACUUCAUUAGAGGGAGGCACAAGUGAGAAUUGAUCUGUAGAAAUGAAAUUGUCUACAUUUAAAAAAAAAAAACUUUGGUUGUUUUGAUGUAUGAUUCGCUACAGGAGGUCCUUUGUCCCAACAGCAGUUAGACUAUAGAAUGAUACAGUUUAGGACUGCUGAAAGUGCUGCUGGAUUUACUUAUUUAGUUAUGACGUGUACUUUUACUUCCACUUUUUAUUGCUGUUUUAAUUUUUACUGACUAUUUGUUUUUCUGACUGCUAUAUUUCUUGUUUGGCUGCUGUAACAACUGAAUUUCCCUCCGGGGAUCAAUAAAGUCUUGUCUUGUCUUAUCCUGAC